UCUUUAAUUUGUUCACAUCGAAUCAAAAUCAAACAUUUGUUUGAAAACUUUCAUUUUCUUGAUUCCAGUCAAGACUCAAGUAUUUAUUUUUAAGCAAAAAAAAUUAAUUUUUUAUCCCAUUUGUCACGUCCAGUGGUUCUUUUAUAAAUAGGUGAAAACAGGGGGUUGUUCAUAAUCAUCAUCCUUUUCAAGAAAAAAACUGAAAAUCUUGAAUUUUAGCCCAGAAAUCAAGAAAGUUUGAAGAAGUAUUUGGAUAAAGCUCUUUGCUUGAUUAAAGAAAUUUUGAACUAUUUUAUGGGUUUGUCCUUAUCACUAUUACAUUCAGCCUGGGAAGAAAUCUUGAACCACAAUAUCUUGAUCUUACCAUAUGAACUUAACAUGGGAUCACAAACCAACAACUUAACCGAAUCGGAAUCAGAAACAACAUCUAGAGAACCCGAAGAAUCACGUGCUGGUCUAAGUAGGAAAAAUUCGAUCAUUUUGAAGAAGCGUGAACCGUUAAAGAUAAUGCUUGAAACCUCCCUUUCUUUCAAGAAUCUUGUUCAGGACUUCAAGAAAGCCGAACCCGAAAAUUUGAAUCUUAAAACGGGUGGUUUGACUUCUCCUGGGUCAACUGUCUUUGUUUCGCCACGACCCGUUAGCGAACUCAAUGCUGCUGCGACUACAGUCCAGAAGAUAUACAAAAGUUAUCGAACACGAAGAAAUUUAGCCGACUGUGCUGUUGUUGUUGAGGAAUUAUGGUGGAAGGCUUUGGAUUUUGCUGCUUUGGAUCGGAGUUCGGUUUCGUUUUUUAAUGUUGAGAAGCCCGAAACUGCGGUUUCACGAUGGGCCCGGGCCCUAACUCGGGCUGCUAAAGUGGGAAAGGGUCUAUGCAAGAAUGAAAAGGCUCAAAAAUUGGCUUUGCAACAUUGGCUUGAAGCUAUCGACCCGCGCCAUCGCUAUGGCCAUAAUCUGCACAUUUACUAUGAUCUCUGGUUCGAAAGCGAAAGCUGUCAACCUUUCUUCUAUUGGUUGGAUGUUGGAGAUGGUAAAGAAAUAAACCCCGAAAAAUGCCCACGCUUCCGUUUACAACGUCAAUGCAUAAAGUAUUUAAGCCCGAACGAACGGGAAUCGUAUGAAGUAAUAGUGGAAAACGGAAAGCUCGUUUAUAGACAAAGUCGUUUACUUUUGGAAACCAUCGAAGGUUCUAAAUGGAUCUUUGUUCUUAGCACUUCGAAAAACUUGUACGUUGGCCGAAAACAAAAAGGCUUGUUUCAACAUUCAAGUUUUCUGGCUGGUGGGGCCACCACUGCCGCAGGUAGAUUAGUGGCCCAUGGUGGCAUUCUCGAGGCUAUUUGGCCUUAUAGCGGUCACUACCUUCCAACAGAAGAAAACUUUAGGGACUUCAUUAGCUUCUUGGAGGAAAACAAUGUUGAUCUCACAAAUGUUAAGAAAUGCUCGGUUGAUGACGAUGACGUGGGCUUUUCGUUCAAGGUCACGCAGCCCGAAACCAAGCCCACGAAGCCCACACCAUUAGAUGACAUGGGCUUUUCAUUCAAGGUCACUCAGCCCGAAUCCAAGCCCGCGCCAUUGGUCAUUCCACGUACAAGACCGCAAGAUAUCUUUAGUACACCAGCUAAUGCAGAACAUGCAACCACACCCACCUUCGUUCAAAGUCCGGUUUCAGCCCGGUUUCAAGAAGCUAAUCGUGUUUCGAGCAAGUGGUCCUCAGGAACCGGGCCACGUAUCGGCAUUGUUAGGGAUUACCCAACCGAGCUGCAAUUUCGGGCUCUUGAACAAGUUAACUUAUCUCCCCGUAUAUCUAACUUUGGGCCAAUCCCUUCACCUAGGCCCAGCCCGUGUGUGAGACUCUCUCCUAGAAUUUCACACAUGGGACUCCCCAGUCCUAGGACCCCAAUUGCUGCCAGCUAAGCUAACACGUUCAAUUGUGGGCCCUUUUGAGCUUCACAUUUUGUGUAAAGGAAAAAAAAAUCUUUUAUAUUUUAUAUCUUUAUUAUUUAUUAAAAUUGUAGGAAUAGAUGUAAUAAGUGUAAGCAUGCAUGUUGAUCUCAUGACACUGUAAUUUUUUCUUUACUCGUCUUAUAAUGGAUUUAUUUUUUUUACCGCU